AUGUCUGAUAAUUCUGAAAGAGAAAGUCAAAGCUCCCCAAGUCCCCAUGCCUUCAGUGGGGAAGAGUUUGAGAGUGGUAGCCCUAAUGAAGACUUGGGUACUGAUGGGGAAAGUACUGAGUUUGAACGUGUGGUGGAAGGGCUGAUAGUGGAGGGAAAUAGGGUUGGGGGAGAGGAGCAGUCAAGGAGUUCUGGGGGGGGAAGCUUAUAG